ACUUCGCGGCACAGACUGCACCUCGCAGUCUCCCCAGGUUCGCGCAGCCGCAGCGCUUCAGCCAGACUGAUCUUAAUGUUAACUUGGAACAACAGGAUGGCUGAUGGCUAAGUGGAUUUGAAGAUUAUCCAAAAUAGUUAAUACUGGGAUCUUCAGUGGCAGGAGAAGGAGUAAUCAGAAGACGGAGAUGAAUUUUAACACUAUUUUGGAGGAGAUUCUUAUUAAAAGAUCACAGCAGAAAAAGAAGACAUCGCCCUUAAACUACAAAGAGAGACUUUUUGUACUUACAAAGUCCAUGCUAACCUACUAUGAGGGUCGAGCAGAGAAGAAGUACAGAAAGGGGUUUAUUGAUGUUUCAAAAAUCAAGUGUGUGGAAAUAGUGAAGAAUGAUGAUGGUGUCAUUCCCUGUCAAAAUAAGUAUCCAUUUCAGGUCAUUCAUGAUGCUAACACACUUUACAUUUUUGCACCUAGUCCACAAAGCAGGGACCUGUGGGUGAAGAAGUUAAAAGAAGAAAUAAAGAGCAACAAUAAUAUUAUGAUUAAAUAUCAUCCUAAAUUCUGGACAGAUGGAAGUUAUCAGUGUUGUAGACAAACUGAAAAAUUAGCACCUGGAUGUGAAAAAUACAAUCUUUUUGAGAGCAGUAUAAGAAAAGCACUACCUCCAGCACCAGAAACAAAGAAGCGAAGGCCUCCCCCACCAAUUCCACUGGAAGAAGAUAAUAGUGAAGAAAUCGUUGUAGCCAUGUAUGAUUUCCAAGCGACAGAAGGACAUGAUCUCAGAUUAGAGAGAGGCCAAGAAUAUCUCAUUUUAGAAAAGAAUGAUGUUCAUUGGUGGAGAGCAAGGGAUAAAUAUGGGAAUGAAGGAUAUAUCCCAAGUAAUUAUGUAACGGGAAAGAAAUCAAACAACUUAGAUCAAUAUGAAUGGUAUUGCAGAAAUAUGAAUAGAAGCAAGGCAGAGCAACUCCUCCGCAGUGAAGAUAAAGAAGGUGGUUUUAUGGUAAGGGAUUCCAGUCAACCAGGCUUAUACACAGUCUCCCUUUAUACCAAGUUUGGAGGAGAAGGUUCAUCGGGUUUCAGGCAUUAUCAUAUAAAGGAAACAACAACAUCUCCAAAGAAGUAUUACCUAGCUGAAAAACAUGCUUUUGGCUCCAUUCCUGAGAUUAUCGAAUAUCAUAAGCACAAUGCAGCAGGACUUGUCACCCGGCUUCGGUACCCAGUUAGUGUGAAAGGGAAGAAUGCACCCACCACUGCAGGAUUCAGCUAUGAGAAGUGGGAGAUUAACCCUUCAGAACUGACCUUUAUGAGGGAAUUGGGAAGUGGACUGUUUGGAGUGGUGAGGCUUGGCAAAUGGCGAGCCCAGUACAAAGUUGCAAUCAAAGCUAUUCGGGAAGGUGCCAUGUGCGAGGAGGACUUUAUAGAAGAAGCUAAAGUGAUGAUGAAACUGACACACCCGAAGUUAGUGCAGCUUUAUGGUGUAUGCACCCAGCAGAAACCAAUAUACAUUGUUACCGAGUUCAUGGAAAGGGGCUGCCUUCUGAAUUUCCUCCGACAGAGACAAGGUCAUUUCAGUAGAGACGUGCUGCUGAGCAUGUGUCAGGAUGUGUGUGAAGGGAUGGAGUAUCUGGAGAGAAACAGCUUCAUCCACAGAGAUCUGGCUGCCAGAAAUUGUCUAGUAAGUGAGGCGGGAGUUGUAAAAGUAUCUGAUUUUGGAAUGGCCAGGUAUGUUCUGGAUGAUCAGUAUACAAGUUCUUCUGGUGCUAAGUUUCCUGUGAAGUGGUGUCCACCUGAAGUGUUUAAUUACAGCCGCUUCAGCAGCAAAUCAGAUGUCUGGUCAUUUGGUGUUUUAAUGUGGGAAGUAUUCACAGAAGGCAGAAUGCCCUUCGAAAAAUAUACCAAUUAUGAAGUGGUAACCAUGGUUACUCGAGGCCACCGACUCUACCAGCCGAAGUUGGCAUCCAACUAUGUAUAUGAAGUGAUGCUGAGAUGUUGGCAGGAGAAACCAGAGGGAAGGCCUUCUUUUGAAGAUCUGCUGCGCACAAUAGAUGAACUAGUUGAAUGUGAAGAAACUUUUGGAAGAUAAGUGAUGUAACCAGUGGCUCCCAGAUUCCAAAGCGCAAGGAAGGAUGGGCACUUUGUGGCUUUUAAUUUAUUGAGCACUUGGACAUGUAGAUGAUUUUACUUGUAAAGUGGAAACACAUAAAGAAUUUGCUUCUAGACGGAAUCUCCCAGAGUGUUUCCACUUAGAAACACUCUGUUGCCUUAGAAAUGGUGAUUAAAAUCACUCAUUUCUAUUCAUUCCUCAGGCACUUGAGUGACAGUUGUUUACCAGGCUCUGUGUAUAGCCCCAGGGUUUGGCCAUUUAGGGGUGCACACAUGGGACCAUGUUAGCUGAUGCCAGUUGAAGGCCAGGGUAUUUGGGUAUUAGAGUCAUGACCCAGCAACCCUUCUUUUUCCCUUUGACUUCUACAGAAAUCUGGGCCUGAGACAUUGUCUACAAUUGGGUUCUAGAUAAAUCAGGAACCCACCUAAAUAAGUACCCAUUUUUGUUUUGAAAACAUCUCAGUUUUCAAGACUGCUCUUAGUAUUACAUGAACAAUAUUUGUAUGCUGUGUAUAUUGUAAAUAUAUGUAAUAUAUAAAGUUAUAUAUUUAUAAGAAACACGA